UUUUAGAGAAUUCUCUGGCCUUUACUGCCCCGCGAGGCGUGGCAAUUUUGGUUUUCCUCUUCUCCAAGGAACUAGGGAACUCCUUUCUCCAAAAUAAUAAUAAUAACUAUCCUUUUAAUUUUUACUCCCUCAUCACUGUUGAAUCAAAGCUCAGAUCAACAGGUUGAUCCAUUGAGAGAAAAAUGGUGGACGAAUUGAAGCAAGGAGAAAAUUCAUGGAUAGACACGGCUGAGCAGUCGGAUAGAGUAUUGAAUGUUGAUAAUAAUGUUUCCUUGAUGUCUCAAUCAAUAGUUAUCACUGAUGGGGUAGAACCCUUACAUCCUCAGCAGCCUCCACCUCAGGGUACCAGCCCCUCCUCGGAUGUCCGAUUGGGCUUUCCUGAACGAGCCAUCUCAGCAGCUGGUGCAGCAUUUCUCUCUGCUGUCCUUGUUAAUCCACUUGAUGUUGUCAAGACUAGAUUGCAAGCACAGGCAGCUGGAGUUGCUUAUUCACAUCCAAUGAGUAACAUGACUAGCCGCAUGGCAGUUUUUGGGCCAAAUAUGAUGUUUGCAGACCUGAGGUGUUCACCUUCAUGUACCCGAGCUGGUGUUCAUGGUACAGUAUCAAUCUGCCCACCUGAUUGUUUCCAGUACAAAGGAGCACUUGAUGUCUUCUACAAAAUUAUUCGGCAGGAGGGUAUUUCUAAGCUAUGGAGAGGUACAAAUGCUGGUCUAGCUCUGGCUGUACCAACAGUCGGAAUUUACUUGCCUUGCUAUGACAUUUUUCGCAACAAGUUAGAGGAGUUCACAGCUCAACAUACCCCAAGCUUGACACCAUAUGCCCCUUUAUUAGCUGGUUCUCUGGCACGGUCUUUAGCUUGCACAAGUUGCUAUCCUAUUGAACUUGCCAGAACACGAAUGCAGGCAUUUAAGGAUAUGAACAAGAAGCCUGCUGGAGUCUGGAAGACUUUGUUUGAAGUUAUUGCCAAUGUCAGGAGCACAACUAGUACCAAUUUUGGCUUACAAAGUUAUCGUGUACUUUGGUCUGGACUUGGGGCACAGCUUGCUCGCGACGUCCCUUUUUCUGCAAUUUGUUGGUCAACUCUUGAACCGGUAAGAAGGCGGCUUCUUAGUCCGCUGGGAGAUGAAGCUAAUGCUGUCGGUGUCCUAGGUGCAAACUUUUCUGCUGGUUUUGUUGCAGGAAGCAUUGCUGCUGCUGCAACAUGUCCCCUUGAUGUUGCUAAGACUAGAAGACAGAUUGAGAUGGACCCUGCCAGGGCGUUGACAAUGACGACAAGGCAAACUCUACUUGAAAUUUGGAGGGAUGGAGGGCUCAAGGGACUGUUUACUGGAGUAGGUCCUCGUGUUGGUCGUGCUGGCCCUUCAGUUGGAAUUGUAGUUUCGUUUUAUGAAGUUGUCAAAUAUAUGUUACACCAACAAUAUGCUUCUUCAUAGGGAGCAUAGUGUCAUGUCCCGCCACUAUCCGAGCCAAAUUUUGCAGCCAAGUAACUCUAAGUCCGUGACAAUAGUCAGGUUAAUUAGGUUUUUUCUUUCCAACCUCUUGGAUCGGGCAAUGGUCGCUGACAUAACUGAUUCGGGCCAUGAUUCUGACGCUGGAGCUCUAAUGUGGAUAUGGUAGCACGCAAAGGAGCAGUUUUGACCAUGGUAGAUUACCCACACAGGUUAGCUUGUAGAAAAUAAUCCACUCUUCUUUUGCUUUCCAGCCAAUUUUGGUUGGUUUUUCGGCAGAAUUGUCUUUGGACUAAGAAGAGAUUUUGAUAUACUUUGGUUGCAUCAAUGAGCAGUUUUUCCUGAGAUGUUCUCAGUUAUCAUAAAAAUGUUCAAGUUCUUUAUUUCUUUUAUUAUUUGUCUGGGGAUAUCAAGCUAAAAUAUUGAUGCUGAAAGAUUUUUAUUUUUCAUUACCAUAAAA